AUGAUGUCUGACAGUGAACAACACAACAAAACCUUUGAGGCUGCCAGUGUUGGUACUUCUGUGACCUUCCCAAUGCAAUGCUCUGCUUUACAUAAUCGCGGUCACUUUUUCAUCAAAGGUAGACAAUGCAAACUUUUUUCUUGGAAUGUUGAUAUGUCUACCUCCAAUACUGGAAAGCACGGUCACCCCAAUUUCCAUUUGGCUGUGAUCAAUAUCUUCAUUAACAAGAAAUUUUUUUUGAACUUGAUUGAAAUGAAUGGUGUUGCCAAGGAUGAUGUCAACACUCCUGAAUGUGACCUUGGCGAAGCUCUCCAAGAGCGACUCAUGCUGGCAAAGACCUAUGUUGAAGAUGAUUGUUCUUAA